AUGGAACAGAACGCAGAUACAAACCUCGAUCAAGACCUCAAAGCAUCUAGAUUAAACAAAUACAACAACUCCCGACUUCAAAAUGAUGUUAAACAGUGGCUAGCUGCAAUUUUAUCAGGCAAAAUUAAUCCACAAGAGAUUGAGAGUAACGAUUUGUUAGAUACCUUAAAAUCUGGAGUAGUACUCUGCGAGAUUGUCAAUUCUACAUUUGGACCAGGCACGAUCAAGUACAAAGAUAGUAAAAUGGCAUUUGUACAAAUGGAAAAUAUUGAAAAGUUCCUAACGUUCUGCCAAAGUCAGGGCAUUUCACAUGACGAACUCUUCCAAACAGUCGAUUUAUACGAGUCCAACGAUCCAUACCAAGUUAUAAUGUCGUUGCAAUCUUUUUCCAGGAUGCUCAAUGCCAAAUUUCCAGGAAAAUAUCCUCUCAUUGGGCCUGCGAUUGCGAAAAAACACCAGAGGCCCCCUGUACCCCCCAAACCUAAAUAUCUGGGGCAAGGCGGUGUUCCAUGGAGCUCUAUUGAGUAUGGAUAUACAAAAGGUAGUAACCAAAUGACUGAAGGAGUGGUCUUUGGUGGCCGGAGGGAUAUUGUUAAACGAUAG